AUGUCCUACCAGCAGGAGCUCUAUGUGGCAGAGCUCGCCGUACAGAGGGCUUCACUGUUAACACAGCAAGUAUUCAACGAAAAAGCAAAAGGCACUCUAUCCAAGGAUGACAAGUCUCCUGUUACAAAGGGUGACUUCGGUGCCCAGGCACUUAUCAUCCAGGCAAUCCUCAAGAACUUCCCAGGUGACGAGAUAGUUGCUGAGGAGGAAGCGAGUGCUCUCCGGGAAGAUAAACCGCUGAGUAAUGAGAUUUGGGACCUGGUCAAGGACAUCAAGCUUACGGACGAGGAAAGUGACAAAGUUUUGGGUGGUCCAUUGCAGAGCGAGGAAGCUAUGCUCGAUAUAAUCGACCAGGGGAAAAGUGCCGGAGGACCGAAGGGGAGGAUAUGGGCUUUGGAUCCUAUCGAUGGUACAAAGGGCUUCCUCCGUGGGGGCCAAUACGCUGUUUGUCUCGGCCUGAUUGUAGAUGGCGAUGUCAAAGUAGGAGUAAUCGGCUGCCCCAAUUUGCCAGUCUCUGACUCCGCGCCGAUUCCCGCCAAUUCUACAAGCACCAAGACCUGCGGCGAUGGGACUGGAAUGCUCUUUUCUGCUGUACUCGGAAAAGGUGCCUCGAGCCGGCCUCUCUCCGGUGGAAAACUCCAGGAAAGCAAAUCUAUUUCCAUGAGACCAGUCCUGGAUAUUACAAAGGCUUCAUUCUGCGAGGGAGUUGAAGCUGCACAUUCUGCACAGGAUGACAACGCUGCGGUUGCAAGGAUGUUAGGUAUCAUUGGCCCAAGUGUCCGGCUUGAUUCGCAGGCCAAAUACUGUUCCAUUGCAAGAGGGACGGGAGAUAUAUACUUGAGGCUGCCAGUGAGGAAGGAUUACCAAGAGAAGAUUUGGGACCAUGCCGCUGGCGACUUGCUGGUCCGUGAAGCUGGGGGGAUGGUAACCGAUAUCCACGGCAAGCGACUUGACUUUGGAAAAGGAAGAACUCUGGUCAUGAAUACCGGCGUCAUUGCUUCCCCGAAUGCUAUCCAUAAUCAGGUGAUCGAUGCCGUGCAAAGAGUAUUGAGGAUAAAAUGAAGACUUUCUUAGGUGUAUAUGUCUAUGUGUUUCUGAGAUGAAUCGCAGGCGAGGCACCUCGAAAA